AUGUGCAGGGAAGAGGAGGAGGGGUACGGGCUCUCCCCCGAGGACGUGGCUCGCCAGGUGGCCGAGCACCUCAAGGAGGUUGCGGACCAGGAAGAAGCCGAAGGGCGUGCUGGCAUCGACCUUGUAGUAGCGGUGAUGAUCAUGCAGAAGGAGUGUCAGAUACCGUGUCCGACCAGCUACGACAGCCAACCCAUCUACUUUGACAUCCCGCCGGUCAACCCCGCCGUGUUCGAGCCGCUACGCGCCUACGGCCCUCCCUUUGACAAGGCGCCGCGCUGGUUCGCCCAGUCCAUCCGCUACGGCUAG